AUGACAUCACAAAUUCCUCAACUGCGUGGUAUUCCCCUGCUAGGGAAUAUCCUGGAUGUUAAUCCCAAUGACACCUGGAACUCUCUAAUCAAGCUCUCCAAAGAAUACGGUCCAAUCUGCAAGAUCAACGUUCUGGGUAAACAACUUGUCUUUAUCAGUAACGUCGCAUUGCUAGAAGAGAUAUGCGACGAGAAGCGAUUCCGAAAAUGCGUAACAGGACCAAUUGUGGAAAUGCGACAACUCGCAAACAACUGUCUCUUCACUGCCUAUAACACAGAAGCUAUCUGGCCUGUAUCUCACCGCAUCAUGGCCCCGUACGUUACCGGGGCUGCGACGGAUAAAAUCUUCAGCGACAUGGCGAAGGUGAUGUCAGACUUGACCAAGAAAUGGACCUCGGGGAUCAAGAAGCAGGUGCUCUUCACCAGUGACCUUGAUCGCCUGCUGAUGACAUCGGUUAUGCAAUGCUUCUUCAACCAGCGCAUCGACAUCCUCGAAGGACCCGAGCAUCCCCUCAUCCACGUUUGGGAAUCCAUCACAUUGGAAGCGAUGAAACGACCCAACCGACCAAAGAUGCUGAAUUGGCUAUUGUAUGAUCGCGGCUUCAAGGAUAACAUCAAGUACAUGCGCGAUUACGCAACGGAAAUUGUCAAGAGCAGGAAAGAGAACCCCGAAGAGGUUCGGGAUGACCUUCUCAACGGGCUACUUCACGACACCGAUCCACAGACUGGCGAAAAGCUCAACGAUGCCCAAGUCAUUGAUGAAGUGGUGACCAUGUUCAUCGGAGCCGCGACAUCGCCCAACCUCGUCUCCUUCGCAUUGUACUACCUGAUCAAGAACCCAGACGUGAUUGCAAAGGCUCGGGCAGAGAUCGACUCCAUUGUCGGACCCGACGAGCAGGUCCAGCUGGAAGAUCUCAAAAAGCUAGAAUACUGUGAAGCCAUCAUCCGGGAGUCUCUUCGCCUUUCCGCCACAGCACCGGGAUUCAAUAUCGAACCCAUCCCCACUGAUGACAAAAGUCCUAUUCUGCUUGCUGGAGGUAAAUACCAGAUUACACACGAUCAAAUCAUGAUCACGGUUUUAAACACUGUGAAUCGGGAUCCCGAAGUCUUCGAUGACCCGGAGGCAUUUAUUCCGGAGCGAGUCCUUGGUGAAGCAUGGGACAAGCUUCCAAUGGGAGCCAGGAGGAACUUCGGUAACGGCAAGCGUUCAUGUUAUGGAACGAUGUGGGCAUGGCGCUGGUCUAUCUUCACUCUUGUUAGCAUUCUUAAAGACGUGGACUUUGAGUUUGAGGAUCCGAAGUAUGAACUUACUUUCAAUGGGGCUUUCAGUGUGAAGCCAUUGAAGUUCAAUGGUCUUGUGAGUCCUCGCAAGAAGUAG